AGAUUCUUGCAAGAUUAUCUCUUGGCUGAGAAGAAAUCUUGAAAAUAUGUCUGGAUCUCCAGGGAGAAAACCAAAUUCUCGAGUCGCACCACUCCAGGGUAGGAAUUCAGUUGCUGAAUUAGUCACCCGGUACCAAAACAUAUUUGAUUGUGCAAAUCCUUCCUCAGCUGAUCAGAAGACCAAGAGCUGGGAGAAAAAUUAUUCCAAGAAGAGGGAAGGGGCUCAACCAGGAAUCGAUCUGCGCACUUCUCCAAACAGGGACCCUGACGUUAUGAACAAGAAACCGAGGGAGAAGCUUGCUCUCCAGCAAGCGAACCCACCUGCAACAAAAACCAAGGAAGUUUCCCAUCGCAGAUCUGACCCAUCUUCACCAAAUUUGGUGGGACAUAUAAACGAAACCUCCAACUUUCAUCCAACCAAGACUGGGAAGAAGAUGGAAACUUUGCAUCCCUCCAAAAUCAGAUUUGAGCCCAAGGUGCAGCAUCUGGUUGCUUCUUCGCACAGCGUCAAUAGGAGGGGAGGACAAGGGAUGGGUGCCCUCGCUGUGGAUGAUGGUAAUUCGGGCAAAAAGUUAACCCCAUGCAAAAGAAUCAACAGGGCAGCACCAUCCACAAAACUCACUUUGGCUUAUCCGGCCUUACAAGUCAACAACCAUGAAAAAUUCCCUGGAGUUUUAGCUGCAUCUGAUAACAGAAGUCACGCGACUCCUCAAGGAGAGGGAUUCUCCCCAUCUCUCUCCUCCAUCAAGGAACAGUCUGCUCUAUAUCUUUCCCGGGUAGCAGCUGCUGCUGCUUAUUCCACCAACCGUCGGAGCCAGCGGCUUGCUCAACUACGAAGUCUUCCAAGGAGCUUUCUACUGCAAAGUUUGUUCCAAGCUGCUUGCUGAAGUUAUAGGAAAAAGAGCUCCCAACACCACCCUCAGCUCAAACCACCAGCAAUUCCCACCGAAGGGCACUCAGAGAAAUCCAAGACAAGAAUCUAAAUCCAAAAGUGGAAGGAUUUUGGCCAGAGAGAAAAUGCCACAGAGACCAUUCAAUUUACACCUCCAGGGUAACCAGAGUGAUGUGACCUCACAAGGCAAGUUUAAAACUGUCUGCUCGCCUUUAAAGAGAGACGCUAAAAAUUACAUUUGCAGAAAGCAUGAGAUAUCUGGAACAAAGGAAACACAGCCACAAGAUUCUCCAAUGGUUCUGCGUGGCCCCCGAAGGUCAGACAGGAGUUAUCCCAAGACCUGGGGAGAUAAGUCAACAAUGGAAAGUUUUGGGGAACAGAAGAAGAGCCAACUUCCCAGAGUCAUUGGCCCAAAAUGUGGGGACCGAGUUUUGCAUGGGAUUAAAACGGUACAUGGAAGUCAAGAAUGGAGGGCACUGGAAAGCAGGCAAUUGUUUGUGGAUAAAGGAAUUGUAGGAGUUCAAGUAAGGAAAGUGGGGUCCAGCAUAUUAGAAAAAGCCAGGAGAUUUCAACCUAACACAUCUGAAGUUGAAAGAAGCAUUUCCAAGGUCACGCCUUUAUCGCCGAAACUUCCAAGGUCUUCACUUGGUGGUCCAUUUCUAUCUUCUGAAGGUGCACUUAGGCAUACCACAGUAACACCUGCAGCUACAAUACUAGGUGCUCCUCAACUUGCAAAAGAUAGUUUCCGGGGAAAGAAAGCUGUUGGAGAUUCCUCCUGGAAGAUCACGUCAGAUGGGAAGAAUCCAAGGGAGAUGGCUGAACCUCUUCCUAAAGUCAGGACAAUGUUACCAGCUCUGGUGCCACCACUGGAGCAGAGAUCAAAGAAGAAACUUCAAAAAGCCAGACAGGAAAAUAGGCUGGACAUGCUAGAAACUAAAGAUGUAGAAGAACCCAAUUAUAACACCAUGGCACCAAUGAAAAAUGAGAAAACUUCCCAAUCUAAGCCUGGAAGUUUGGUAUCUUCUCCCGGGCAUGGAGAAAAGAAAAAGGAUCCAAUAGAACAUAACAAGAAGACAUUGGUUUUCAGUGUCGAUCCAAUGAAAACCAACAAGGAACCAAAGCCAUCUUGGAUGAGCAGGAAUGAGUUCCUUGGAGAAGAGACUGAAAUAUCGCAAUCUGAGAAGCGACCAAGUGUGGACUAUCAACUUUCUCCUGGAACCCUCCCUUUAAGUGAAGAAGAUAAAAAGAAUGAAAUGAACCCAAGUGGAAUUUCAGACAGGUCGGUGACUCCAACAUGCUUUUCGGGGUCUCUAGACACUGAAGCUAAAGGUAGAACCAGUUCUUCAGCCACAGAUGGGAACAUAGAAGGUGGUAGCUCCUUAUCCAGCUCACAAGCAGAUGAUGUUGAAAGUGGGGAAGUUCUACGAAGAAAUAGCCUACAAGAACAUGCCACUUCGAUCUGUGACUCAGAACCUACUCCUGAAAUCCAAAACACAAAUGAAAAGCUACAAGCAAAACCCAGCAGUGGAUCUAACCUAGAACCUGCAUCCCAAGAAGAUACCUCUAGAGAUACCGGUCUUCUGCCUUCUUCCAAAGAGCCAGAGGUACUUCCCUCCCGUGAAGUCCCACAUUUGAUAGAAAAACAGGAGACAGGACAUGUCACUAUGGAAAUCAAAGCUCAACACGAAAGUGUCCCAGUUAUAAAGACAAGUCAAGAUAUUAUAGCGAAGUCUUCCAGAAAACAACCGUUAAAAAAACACAACAAUCCUUUUGCUCAGUUUUUUGCAUCCAAAACACAAAGAAGUAUUCCCAGCCAAAAGCCAAUUUCAGGAACGAAAAAAGCACCCAAGGGUCAGUCUGCUCUGCUAACACUGUUUGGACAUUCAGUGAAUAAAGACAAGAGCCAAAAGGAAUGGCCAAGAAUAGAUUCAGGAGAACUUUCAGGGAAAGUAGAUUUACAAUCUACACAUUUCUCAAGGCUACCAAAACCUGAUUUUUGCAAGGAAGAUGAGAAUUCUGGAGUGGUUCUCCAGACAAGGAAUUCAGAGGUAGGCCCACAAGUUUCGGUGGAGGGCCAUGGAAUUGGCUCAAAAGGAGAUCAAAACAUGGAUUCUCCACUCUUGGACAGCGUAACAGUUUCUUUGGAGCUUGGAAGAGAGAUUUCAAGUCCCACAAGAAUGCAGUCUAGAUCAAAGUCCCCUGACAUUCCCAGGCAAUCAAACAUAAAUACAGAACAUACAGCGGAGGAACCUGAAAAUUCAUCACCACUAACUAGUUUUCAGAGUUGUGAGAUGUCUACACAGAUCACGUCACAAUAUCCUACAAAUACUUCGGUGGAGACAAGUGUUUCUUGCAGAAAUACAUUUUCUGAGCUGGAAUUGGACAAUGUGGACAGUCAAGAUUUCGAGCUAAAGGCAGGAAAUGUUUCAUUGCUAGACCCUUUGGCAAAAGAUGAAACCCAGGCAUUAGAUGAGGAGAAUUGGAUCCCUGAUAUGCUUUCAUCUUUUGAGGGGAUGGAAGAAUCAGGAAGAACGGAGAAAGAGAAUGCAGAAUCCUCGCCUGGAUCAGAUGCAGAACGUACAUCCAUGAAAGAUCAUUUUUGCUCAGGGUCUUCAGAAAACUUUCUGGGACUCAGCCACCCCCAAUUUGCAGAGUUGGAGCCAAACAUGACAAUCGAAGAGGGCAGCCUUAGAGACAGUCAGCCUCCAGAAAGUGGAAAUUUCCAGAUGACAGAGGCUAAUUCAGAUCAUUCUUUUGAACUAACUCUGCAUGUUGAACAAGCCGCUAAUGACAAUUACUCCAUGGAAGAGAGCCGCUUCCACCCAGUGCUUAUUCCAUCUCAAUCUAUGCCCGAGCUCCUUCGAGACACGCUCCAGAGCAAGGCCAUAGAAAGAUCGGCUGAAGUUCAACAUCUGCCAGAGGAUCAAAUACAAGUGUCAGAGAGUAGACAUCCACAAGAACAAUUGCUAUAA